CCGAGGCACGGAAAUGUCCUCAGGUUCUGAACCCUGUGCCUGGGGAACCAGAGAGGACCCUGGAGCGGGAGGAGAAAGAGAAGCUUGUCUCAGAAGCUUCACCUCCUCCUGGGGCGAUGCAGAGUCUCAGUCCUGAGCAGACGCGGGGGCUGCUGGAGCCCGAGAGGACCAAGACGCUGCUGCCUCGGGAGAGCCGGGCCUGGGAGAAGCCUCCCCAUCCCACCUGCACCAAGGACUGGGAGGCUGUGGAGGUUGGGGCCUCCAGCCAUGACAGUGAUGAGAAGGACCUGUCUUCUCAAGAGACUGGGCUUUCCCAGGAGUGGAGUUCGGUGGAGGAAGAUGACGAAUCAGAGGGCUCCCAGGGCUUUGUGGAGUGGUCAAAAGCUCCACAACAAACAACCAUAGUCUUGGUAGUGUGCGUGCUUUUUUUGUUCCUGGUUUUAACGGGGAUGCCUAUGAUGUUUCACAUCUAA